AGAAUGUGGCAGCACCGGCUGGGCCACCCCUGCCUUGCCUCGCAGCAGGUGGAGCCCUGAGGUGGGGUGUGACCUGGGAAUACAUUCUCUCCAGGGGGCAGAUUCCAGUGGCAGGGAGUGGCUACGAGCGAGCGGGCGACUGGACACACGAGAAGGCACCGCGGGACGGGCAGGAGCGAACCCGGCACUCAGCUAGCUGGAGACAGAUCUCUCUUGCAGGAAAACGCCUGCCGUUCGAGAUCAGAAAUGUCAACACGGGCACAACCCAAGUCUCUGGGGCGGCUGAGUGGAGAUGCUGCCUGCUGAAACAGAACCGGAGGCCUCGGCCUCUGGGCGCAGCGUGGCGGUCAGUGAGGCCAUGGACCAGCCUGACGUCAGCUUCCAGCCUGAGGCCUCAGCCCAGCAGCCGGCCUGCAAGGAGGAAGCGCCCAGCGCCGAGCCCAGCGCCCUCGACUGCGUUAUCUGCUUCACCCCUUACGACCGGCUCUUCCGGCUGCCCAAGGAGCUGAGCUGCGGCCACGUCUUCUGCCUCGAGUGCCUGGCGCGCAUCAACGUCUCUUCCGAGGAUGUCAACGCCCUCACCUGCCCCGUCUGCCGGGCCCCCACGGCCUUCCCCUCCCGCAAGGGGUUGCCGGGCCUCCCCACCCGCAGCAACCUCCUGGAGCAACUAUCUUCCAUGCCCGCUGUCCCCCCGGGCUCCGUGCGCUUUGACCGUCGCCGGGGGCUGCUCUACCUGCCGGGUAGGGGCCGAGGCGGCGCCCCAGCCGGGCCCAAGCCCGGGACUUCCGUCAACACUGUCAGCCUGAGUGUCGACGUUGGCAGGCCUGCGCCGCCAGGAGCCAGCCGCAACCUGGCCCUCUCAGGCUGGCCGUUCUACGUGGCCCUGGCGGUCGCCCUCCUGGUUACCAUUGGCUUAAUUACCUGUGGCAUUUACAUAUUUUUGAUGCCGUCCAUGUACACUACUUCCAUGGGAGGCCCGCACUAUAGUAACCAGAGUCAUGGGCCAGUGCGGAACUGGACCUCCAGCCCAGCACCUGGCUCUGUACCCCAAGGCUAAAGAGGGGCGAAGGAGAAAGGGCCCCCUUGCCCUCUUCCAGUUGCCAUUUGUAGCGGCUGCACCACUUGUAGCCUCCGAUUGCACAGAGGCUGCUUGCCUUACUCAGAAGCAGGAUACUGGGGGAAUUGCCACGUGUCCAAGACUGGCUGAAGCUGUGAAGGCAAUUGCACUUUACCAGUUGAAGUACUGCUUGAAUGACCGGAAGAAUUCCCACCGCAGCCGCCUGGGGCCACGUUGCCUCAAUAUGGCAUAGCAUACCUUAAGUUACCGUCUACCAUCUCUUCGCUGCACUCAGAAGCAGGGCAGUACAGAGAGAACAAAUCCACCUUCUCAAUGCAAAAUGAAUAAAUGUGUGAAUAGGACUAUUGGGUUGGUCCAAUGAAAUAUACUCGGAGUCGAGAGUGAAUUUCAUGCUCUUUAUUCAGCUCUUACCGGUAGUCAUCAACAUAGCUGCCAAGUUAUCCCUUUUUUAAAGGGAUUUUCCCUUAUGCUGAAUAGGCUUCCUCGCGAGAAAAGGGAAAACUUGGCAGCUAUGGUCAUCAAGGAGAAGAAGAGAAGAAGAAUGCCCUUUCCCCAAAACCAUCUGCUUAUAUACAUUAUUUACACAAUGGGCUUUGCGUGAUUGGCUACUUCAGGGCUACACCUGUGGGCCAAGCAGUUUGUGGAUUGACUUCUGCCAGCCGCCUGAUUGGCUGCUCCUGCAGGCCAAUCAGGUUGCGGAUUCACUUCUGCCAGCCACCUGAUUGGCUGCUCCUGCAGGCCAAUCAGGUUGCGGAUUCACUUCCACCUGGAGUUGGAUUGGGUGGCUCCUGCGGACCAAUCAGACUGAUUCUGGAUCCUAUUGUUCUAUGAUUCAGCUCAGUACAUAACACCCAAGAAGGCGAUGGCAGAACCCUGAGGUGAUAAGACUUGCGUAUGAUUUCUGGAGGAAGGGGAUAAGGGGUUGCCUUUUUGGAACGCUCUCCUGCAUAAAAAACAUACAAACCUGUGCCAUAGGAAAACUAGUUCAGCAGCAAUUGGGUGAAGACAGAACCUUCUCCUCCUUGAUGUGCUUGAUUUUUUAAUUUGGGACAAAGGAAAGCAAAUGAAGAUGGGGUCCAUAGGGGCACAAAAUCCAUUUUACCAUCUCCGUGUGUAGAGUUUGCAGCAUAGGCUCUAGAUCUUUGGUGGGCGUGAGGGUGGGGAUGUUAACUUGGCCAGGGGGGCUCUCCCUCCUCAGCCUCACCUCUGUGUUGCUGCCCAUUCACUCACCCCGUCCCGGUCUCCAUCACUGCCUGGGAGGAGAGGGCAAAGGGAUUGGUGAUGGCUGCUUCUCCUUGGGCCAGUCCCUGUUCACUUGCUUGGUGAGGGGGUCCCCAGGGCUUUGGGAAUCAGCAGUGGUGGGGUCCUACCGUAGCUAGGGAUCUGGGGCCCCAGCAGAUGCUCAGCAAUGCUGACUCCUUGUACCAGCGCAAUGCGAGUACAGCUCCUAAGGGAUGACCAUUUCUCCAACUUAAUUAACAUGCACAAGGAUGAGGACUUGAGAGCCUAAGUGUGCACGCUUGCAACUUCAUGUUGGAGGAAUGGACAGGCUCUCUUGUCUCUUACAUUCGCAACCGCUAGCAAGACAGCCUGCUUGCUUUCUGUGUCUUGAAUAGCUGCAUGGCCAGCAAAAAUUCAAAUUGCAUAGCCUCUCUCAUUAGAGAGAUGUGGUAACAGGUUGGUGGUGGAGGCUUCACCUGUUAAAUUUCUACCUGACACACAGGAGCCCUGCUGGAGGGGGGCAGCCCAGCACAGGAGGAAGGAUAAUCCAGUUUGUAUUUGGGAUUUCUGUCUCCAUCAUGUCAUAACUUGCUAUUGGAUUUAAGAGGGCAACAUGGUUACAGGAGAGGCCGCCUUGGCUUGUUUUGGUGCCUUUUUAAGAUACAGAAAUAACCUGGUAAAGCACAGAAAUGAACAUGGUUGGCUGCCAGUUUCCUGAAGAUCAGAUUCCUGUCAAUGUCACGCCAGUGGGGGUGCCAUUCAAGAGUUGGCAACUAGAUUUUGCACCCACUCAAAUUUAGUGCGCCAGCAAAUUGUUUUCCAUUUUAUAUUUCAUGUCUUGCUUGUCUGCUUUGGGCAGCUGGGCAAGAGCCAACAUGACUUCCUCCCUAAGUGAUGCUGCUGGUCCAAAAACUCGGAUAUUCCUCGAAGACAUAACCAUAUAUUUUUUUUUUAAAUGAAAUCUACUACCAGCACAGGCCCACAGGUUUCCAAAGAACGCCUUGGAAGAUUUGUUGUGGAUGGGUGAUAUACUUAUUUUUCUCUUCUUAUGGCUUCCCAUGAGCUGAUCAAACUGAUCUCCAUUAACUAGAAACCUUGGGACAGAUGCUGGAAGCUUCAUUAAUGGACACUUCCCAUUG